ACACAAGCUGUGUGUCGCCUCCGGGAGAUAGUCAUUUCCCUCUCCAUGUGAAUAGGAGGAGCCUUUAGUUUUAGAGGACACGACUUCAAGUCCAGGUGCUGAGGAGAGGGAAAGAGCGAGAGGGGUGGUGUGGUUUAUGCAGGUAAACACUAGUAAUCUCGACCACAGAGAGGCAAGUGCGGAGUUUAGCCCACACCCAGCACGCUUGCGGACACCGUACCGAUCCACCUGUGUUGCUGUAUCUUCCGUUUCAGCAACCCGCGGGUGGGAAGCAGCCAAUGCCAAUGCUCUCUCGACUGUGGACCGUGCUCGCGGGUCAGAGGAUGCGUAAAAAUGCUUAGUAACUGGAAUAGCAGGUGCUGGAAGAAGGGCGUCCGACUGUCAACACGUCUAAACUGUGCGCAUAGCGCCGAGCGCUGAUGUUCAAACCAUGGAGAAACAAGCUCUUGCAACGGCUCUGAGCUUGUCCAUGAGCGUUGUCUCUUUACUCUUGCUGGUCACCGCUAUCUUCACCGACCAUUGGUACGAGACAGACACCAGAAGGCAUAAGGAGAACUGCGACGAGUAUGGGUCGGAUUCUAACGACCAGAAAAACAGGGAGAUGCCAAUAUACCAUUUGCCUCUUGUGGACAACGGUAACUCCAAACGGAACGUGGCGCUUAUGAAGCCGAUUCACGUCGGGAGUAGAGAGGAGGAAUUGCUUGAGAACUGGAGGGCGAUACUGGGGAUGGGGAUUCUUGAGACGGAAUGUGGGCGCCCGUUGUUCUCCACAUAUUCUGGACUGUGGAGAAAAUGCUACUUUCAAGGCAUGGACCGAGAUAUCGAUAAACUCAUAUCAAAGGGUAUUGCGGACCGAUGCACAACUGUCAAGUACCAUUUCUCUCAGCCCAUUCGGCUUCGAAACAUCCCGCUCAACCUGACGAGAACCAUUCAGCAAGAUGAAUGGCAUCUCUUACAUCUGCGGCGAAUCACGGCGGGGUUCCUUGGGAUGGCGGCUGCCGUUUUGCUGUGUGGCAGCAUUGUGGCCACAGUGGGCUUCUUUUGGGAGGAGAGCCUCACCCAGCACGUCUCCGGCCUGCUCUUCCUCAUGGCAGGGAUCUUCUGCACCAUCUCCUUGUGCACCUACGCCGCCAGCGUCUCCUAUGACCUCUCCCGGAACCCACCCUUCAUCUACGGACUGCCCGGCGACGUGGACCAUGGCUACGGCUGGUCCAUCUUCUGCGCCUGGGUCAGUCUGGGACUGACCGUGGCAUCAGGCUGCCUCAGCACCACCUACCCCUUCCUCAGCCAAACCAAGGCCCUGCACUCUAAAACCGCACGGGAGUCCUCAGUAUGAGCGGCAUGAGCAGUGUGAGAGAAUUGAGUGCCCCCUGUAGAUUCGGGGGGGGGGGGGGUGAAUUGUUGGUGUGGACAUUUUGUUGCUGACUGAAAACCAAUAUAAGAGGAGAUGUUUUAUUUUUACGAAACCAGAGAUGAAAACAUAGUGUUUCAGUGAGAUGUGGGAAUCUUGUUGCUCUUUUGUAGACUCUCGUCAUCCUUUAUCGAGGUGUUAUGCAAGGUGCAGGUGUUAUGAUGUGUUAUUUAUGUGUGUUUGUAUGUGCACACAGGCAAACUCCCACAUACAUAUGGACCUACACACCCGUACACAAGUACACACACAAAUUGUUAGUUCUCUCUCUCUCGUUGUCUCUCUCUCUCUCUCUCUCUCUCCAAGACAUGGAGAACAACAUGAGAGUGAAUAACAUGAAACAACGUAAAUACCCACACAGGCAUACCACACACACAUAAAACAUAUGUGUAUAUAUUACCAUAUAUAUGAAAAGGGCAUCAUUCUUAUGGGUGUUAAGGGUGGUUUGGUAAGAUUGAAUCAAAUGGACAUUGUAUAAAAAUACUAGUAUCACUUUGAAAGCAAGAACCCUUUUUGUUCAGAUGUAAGUGGUAUAUUUUCAAAACUCUUAAGUACAAAACUCUAAACUGAUAACAUGUGUAAUGGCCCGUAUCUUAUGUUCAGAACUUUUGACUGUGCAUUCAUCGGGGUUUCACACAUCUUUCACCCCUGAGUCAUUAAUGCAAAAUCAAAGUUUUCCUUAAAUACCACAAGCACAUAUUUUUUUUGUCACCAAUACAUCAGAUAAUGAUAGGCUCACCAUAUAGUCAUUUGAACUACCACUUUCAAUAAUUUUUUUCCCCAAUCACUUUGGCGCAAUUUUCAUUAGUAUGUGGUACAUUUUCGCAAAACAAGCACAAAAAUCAAAACAGAUCAUCACAAUCGCUCAUGUUUCAAAACUUUAAGCACAUUUUCAAUUGACUGAGUACGACAAACAAAUUCACAAAGUCACUUGUUCACUGCACCAAAUCACUUUUUCAAGUUACAUACAUACAUAAUCAAUCAAAUGAUCUGCUUUUCAAAAUGCAAUAUUCACUUUACUUUUGAUGUGAGUUUCUUGUCAUUUGUUAACAAUACUAUAAACUAUCACUUAAUCAAACUGCUCAAAACGACUGAACCACAAUUAUGUACUGCCUAGCUAACAUAUAUAGUUUGAUAACUGUUGAACACUGUACAUGUCUAUAUUUUUACCUAAAUGUAUCAAUUUGACAUCAAUUUAUGCUGGAAGUUUUGAAACAUGAGCCAUUUUCAUUAUCUGUUUAGAUUUUUGUGCUUGGGGUUGUGUACCACAUACUUGUGAAAAUUGCACCAAAGUGAUUGAAGAAAACUGUAAUCCACAGCCUAUGAGAUCCGAUGGAUUCGAUUGGUCAUUUCAGUUGUGGCAAUCAAAUUGUACAAAGUUUUUAGCAAACCCAUUAACCAGUCCCUUCCCAAACAGACGAGGCAUAAUCACUAAUAAUUUGAAAAUGUGCGCCAGACUGUGAGAACAAUGCUGACAAUGAUAGACGAAGGACUACAGGGUUUGUUGCUGACAUAGUUGAGGAAAGUCAUUUUUCUCGCCCAUGGACACAAAUGGUGCACAAUUCUACAUUGGAGUGUGAAAACGGUGGAAACUGGAGGAGAUCAUGUUGACACCGCUUGAAUGGGUGUAAGACUUUUGUGUUGCACCAUCAUCACAGAUAUGCUGAGCAGCCAACAGUAAGGGGUGGGGCUCUGAAAGUUAGUUGCUGCCCCAUGGAAGUGCCAGCUUUCGCAACGACUCUAUCUGACCUGGACGACUUGUAGGGACCUUGAAUGGCUUGUGGGGACAUUACAUGACACGUGUGGACCUUGCAGGUUAUGUGUGUUCGACUCAGCGUGCUGUGUCAGAAGCAGAGCAGCAUUUCCGAAACAGUACAAUGAGCUUCAAGUCUUCUCUAUGAAUUGUAAAUAAAAGAUUAUCAACAAGAACGUGUGUGGAGAGUUUUAUGACAUGCCUUAUGUUGAGCUUUGUCUCUGUGUGUUACCUGCGUUACGAAGGCCUGCAUGAUGCUGUUAUAAUGCAUUUUCAAGACCCCCUUAUAGUGUCAUAUAAUCGUAUCAUAAUGAUCCCUACUAAAUGCACCAUUUCAUGUCAGUUGACAAAACAUAUUUUAUUCUUAAGGUAUUAUAAAGGAUCCUUCAUACGCUCAUGACAAGGUAUUGUCAGUAAAUCCAUUGUAGCACAUCAGAGCAUGGUUUAACUACCAGAUACCAGAGAUCUUGAGCAGUAUUGCCAUAAUCGUCUUUGUUGGGAGCUGGGAGUGGCGCCUACUGGACAGGUGACUUCAACAGGUCCCUCAUACAGUUUAGAUCCGCCUGCACUCGAGAUCACGAGGCGUAAACUACACUCUCUGUCUGACUUGCCACAAACACAUUGGUGAAACAAGACACAACAGCCUCUACUGCAGUCCUGAAUUCAUCUGAGGAGUUCUGGUCCACGUGCACGAAUAUACAUUCUGAGGUGUGUACACAGCACGCAGGAGUCGCUCAAACAUCUCAAUCUUCUCAUGGACCACGAUGGAGUAGGUGAUGGAGAAGUCUCUCUCCUACACACCCAGGGGUGUCAUGACCAACCCUCUGUCUGUAACAUAACUUCAACAGUUUUAGGUCACGUCGUGGCAGAAUGCCUCAGACAGGAGCUUGGGCUUAUUCUUUGUUUUCAGAAGUCUUCUGAGCUGCUCCUUGUCGACGCCCUUCAGGUCUCCUCUGACGAUUGGGGGAGUAGGCUGGCAGAUCGUCUGCGUGGUCUCGUGGUAGGAGGUAAGGUGCUGGGGGCGGGCUCCUCUCAGAGCAGGUUGAGCUUCUCAGAGUGGUCCAGAGGAGAAGAGAGAUCAAAUCGCACAUUAGGAAGAGAAAGAGGUUUCUGAAGCAUCUAUGUGAUCUUGGUCACCUAAGAGGACCCAUAACGAUUUAUCUAUGUAUUAUUAGUAUUUGUGCAGACCAUAGCUUUGGAGCACUGCUGUUAAAUUAUAAUUGUCACACACAAACACACUGUAACGGAGACGCAGGGAGUCAGGAAUUAGGUGCAGUUGGUGAGUUUAAUGGUAAAUGAACAUUACCAUUAAACUCAAAUACAAAAGAGGAGAAGCGUCUGGACAUGAUAACAGAACCAGUACUGUCUGAUGAUCAAUUCUACAGUGCUAGAUAAAGGUGAAGUAAUCAGGGUAGGGAUUAAGUCCAGGUGUGCCUAAUGAUUGGUCGGAGGUGUGUGUAAUGACGGUUGCCAACGUGCAUCACACUUAACGUCAGAGGCAAAUGCAGCAUCCUACAAUGCUUGCAGCUCUACCGCUGCUUUCUGCUAGUAGGAAAGUCAGUUAAGAACAAAUUCUUAUUUACCAUAAAAGACAUUGUAUUUAUUCUAAGCUCCCCCAGGUUUGCAACAUUACCUUUUUGGUAUAAUUUAGCAGACGCUCUAAUCCACAGCCACUUCCAAUUAGUUUAAUAGUUAAACCUGUCAUGAGAGACUGGGGUUGGUUGGGGUCAAUUCAGUCAAUUACACUGAAGAAAGAAAAUGCAGGUUAUAUAAGCUAUGUUCAAUAUGCUAAAUCAUGAGUUUCAUAAGAAUGGUUCGGCCUACUGUUGAUCAUUUUCAAACAAUUUUGUGACAACAGCCUUGGACAAUAGAGUGACGGCCAGUGAGAGCCAGCUGGAGGAACUUUUGUAAUUUGGGUGAACUAUCGCUUUAAGUAAUUUCUUUCUUUCUGUCAUUAUUUUCCAGCCUUGGAGGCCAGAGUAACAGCCAGUGACAUACAGGUAGAGGAACUGAAGAAUGGGAACGCAGGUAGUGAAAGAACAAACAUAAUAUAAAGUCAAAUGCUCCACCCUUCUGUUGUUCUUUUAUUAAAUAACACUUUUAUUGAAUUCAAUAUUCUACAUUUUUCUGAUUUUAGCCUUGGAGGCCAGACUGAGUUCCAGUGAGAGUCAGUUAGAGGAGAUGAAGAAAGACAAUUUUGGUAAUAAUGAGAUCUGAAUCUGAAUGAGAGCUGAAACUCUAUAAAACAUAUUUGCUUAAAUAAUUAAUUCAAUGCAAAUAUAAACAACAUUGAUUUAUGAUUCCAGCCCAAGCAGCAGAAUUGUCAGCCUUGGGGACUAGAGUUACAGCCAGUGAGACUCAGGUUGUGGAUUUGAAGAAAGAGAAUACAGGUUAAAAAUAAACUAAAAGAGGACUACUGUGAACAUACACGUCAUCAAAAGAAGUGCUUGUCUCAACUCAGUAAUGGAUGAUACAUUUAGCAAUGUUUCUUCUCAGACCUGGAGGAGAGAGUGAGAGCCAUGUGGUGGAACUGAAGAAAGAGAAUGCAAUAAAUAAGGGUUUUCUUGCCUUUUGGAUAUUGAUACAUGUAGAGUAUACUAUAUUUCUAUCAUUUCAGCCCAAGCAGCAGAAGUGUCAGAGUGACAGCCAGUGAGAGGCAGGUGGAGGAAGUGAAGAAAGUGUAAUGAUAGGACAACAAUAUAUAAAUACACAUGAUGUCGUUUGACUUUAAAAAAAACACUCCUAAUUAAUUGAAUUAUUUACAUUUCUUACUCUGUGAUUUUAGCAUUGAGAUGAAGAAAGAGAAUUCUGGUAAUAAGGAGAUAUGAAUCUAUUAAAGCAUUUGGUUAAUGUUAGCCCUGCCACUGUAUAUAAUCAUUACUAUAUCAACAUUACGUUUUUCCAUUCCGUGAGAGCAAGCUGGAGGAACUGAAGAGAAUUAUUGCAGGUGACAUACAAAAACCAUCAGCUCAAUCCAUCAUUUACGGACACAAACACUGUGUGGCCGUGUCAUGCUUAUAAGAGUAAAACGGGCUAAACAAAGCUUACUCUCCUGUGUUUGCAGACAGAACGAAUGUGGCUUUCUCUGUUGGUUUGACUAACUCAGGAUAUGUUGGACCCUUCAACUCAGAGAAAACUCUGGUCUACACAAAAGUAUUCACCAACAUCGGCAAUGCUUACGACACAACCUCAGGUAACAGUUUACAGCCUUACACCAACAAUACUACAGGUGCAGGUUAUGGCAUUAAAAAUAAUUAGGGAUAGACCCUUUUUAUUAAUUUUUUUGCCUAAAUGACAUACCCAAAUCUAACUG